AAUAACACUUAUUUAAUCGGUGUAUAAUUAUUCAUUCAACAGAACACAAGCCAUUGUAAACUAGUUAGCAAACAUAAAUUAUUUUGAAGCACGGGUCAUUUCGUUCUUUUUCCCGGAUUUAUUUUGAAGGGCUCAAACGAGCGGAAAUGCUUAGUGACGUACAACUUCAGCGACCAGUUCGAUCAUGUGAAAACGCGCAGUGUGUUAACCCGAUAUCCCCACUACUAGGCUGCCUAGAUUUCUGGGUUUAAGCUAAAUCGGAGGUCCUGUGGAGUGUUUAAGUCCAGUAUUACCAGCGAAAUCUUCACAUCGGUGUAUGAUUGGUUUCUGCCGUGCCAGCUUAGGAUGGACAGCGAAGUUCAGAGAGAUGGAAGGGUCCUUGAUCUCACCGAUGAUGCCUGGAGAGAGGACCGCUUGCCUUACGAGGAUGUCACGAUCCCACUGAGUGAACUCCCUGAAGCAGAGCAAGACAAUGGUGGAUCCACGGAAUCAGUGAAAGAACAGGAAAUGAAAUGGUCGGAUUUAGCGCUACAAAGUCUCCAUGAAAAUACUCCAAAUUCCGGAAACUAACAAAUCAAAUAAAUCCACGACACUUUACCACCGAGACCCUGAGUUACUAUGCCAUACGAGAUGAUGUCCGACAACUUGACAUUUCGAGCUGCAUGACAUGGUACGCGCUGUAAUCACCUAAGGAACAUAAUGACUUUUAUGUUUCCGUAAACUUCUCAAUUAUCUGCACAUAUAUUAAAAUACGAAUUGACAUAGGGUCAUGAACUGAAUGCUCUUAUGGAGAAUCUCAUACUUAGUGCCAGAAUUUUUAUGCACAUUAGAUUACAUUAAAGUUACUCACUUGGUCUCAAAAGAUGUUCAUCGCCUUGCUGCAGUUUUGAGUGGCUUCCAGUAAGCAGAACCUAAAAGCCACUGGUGUGUGGAAUAUGUACAUUCAUACUGGUUGACCACCAAUGAAAAUAUAAUUGUUUACAUUUUAUUUGUGGGUAAAAAAACAGUUACCAUUAAGUUAAAUUACCAUAAAAUUUUGUGUCUAAUAUGUAUCUGUAUUUGUUUUUUAUGUGUUUUGGUUUUCAGCAGAUAAGGAGUGUUGAAUCUAAUGUCCAUAUUAAUGCCUAAUUUGGAUGUGUGUCUGAUGUACUUCAAAAAAUAAAAAGGGGGACUACAUGCAUAAAA